AUGCCUGCGCUGAAAGUCUGCAUCGUUGGGUCUGGGAACUGGGGGUCUGCUAUUGCAAAAAUUAUUGGCAAAAAUAUCCAGAAGUCUAACAGGUUUGAUCCUGUUGUGAAGAUGUGGGUGUUUGAAGAAAUCAUAAAUGGGAGGAAACUCACAGAGAUCAUAAACAAAGAGCAUGAAAAUGUGAAGUAUCUUCCAGGACAUACGUUACCUAAAAAUGUGGUGGCUGUAGCAGAUGUGGUUGAAGCAUCGGCUGGGGCAGAUAUUUUCAUCUUUGUUAUACCCCAUCAAUUCAUUACACGAAUUUGUGACCAGAUUAUUGGUCACAUAAAACCUGGAGCAUUCGGCAUUUCACUGAUCAAGGGGGUUGAUGAGGGUGCCGAAGGCUUGAAGCUCAUAUCAGACAUCAUUCGAGAGAAACUGAAGAUAGAAGUCAGCGUGCUCAUGGGGGCCAAUAUAGCCAGUGAAGUGGCUGAUGAGAAGUUCUGUGAAACCACCAUUGGGUGCAAAAAUGAAAAGCAUGGGCAGAUCUUUAAAGAAUUAAUGCAGACCCCAAAUUUCAGGAUUACCGUGGUGGAUGACUGUGAUACAGUGGAGAUCUGCGGAGCCUUAAAAAACAUAGUAGCAGUAGGAGCUGGAUUCUGCGAUGGAUUGGACUUUGGCGAUAAUACUAAAGCAGCAGUCAUUCGUUUGGGCCUCAUGGAAAUGGUAGCCUUUGCAAAGCUGUUCUGCAGGGGUCCAGUAUCAAUAGCUACUUUUCUGGAGAGCUGCGGCGUUGCUGAUCUAAUCACUACAUGCUACGGGGGGCGCAACAGGAAAGUAGCGGAAGCCUUUGUGCGGACAGGAAAAUCAAUUGAGGAGCUGGAAAAAGAGAUGCUGAAUGGACAAAAGCUACAGGGUCCUCAGACUUCAGCUGAAGUCUAUAAGAUGCUGAAACAGAAAAACAUGAUUGAUAAGUUUCCAUUGUUCUCAACUGUCUACCAGAUCUGCUAUGAGGGUAGGUUGGUCCAGGAAUUCAUCUCUUGUCUACAGAAUCAUCCACAACACAUGUAA